UCGCCAAAUACAAUCAAUCAAUCAUGAAAUUCGCAAUUGUUUUCGCAAUCAUCGCCGCCGCAACUGCCUACCCCUAUGGAGGUGGCAACGCUGGAGGAUACGGAGCUGGAGGCUACGUUCAACCCAUGAACUAUCAAGUACAUUCCUAUGCUGCCAAGGCUCCCACUGUUAACUGCCCACAAAACUUGUUGUUCGGAUGCCAACCCACAGUCGCUCAAGUCCCAUGCGUUCCAUCAGGCGGAUAUGGCGGUUAUGGAGCUGGACAUGCCGUUUCUGGAGGACAUGGCGGAUAUGGAGUUCAAUCUAUGGGAGGCAACAAGGGAGGAUAUGGCGGAGGAUACCGUGCCGCUGCCGAAGCUAGCGAAGCUGAAGCCAAAGCUGAUGCUGCCGCCGCUGCAUCCGCACAAUCUGCCGCUUUCUAAACCAUGACGAGACUUGUGAUAUUGAAAUUUUCAUCCGAA